GUGGACACUGAUUUGGAUUAUCGCCUGUAUGGCCAGCUUCCUGCAGACUCCGCAGCCGGCAGCAGCGGCCAACCUUUUGCCAAGCGCCAACUUCGUGGAGAUGACCCGAAUGGAUUGCGUGGGGAAUCCCACCUACUUUGCCCAUCUAAAUUGCAAGAUUUUGCCACCGCUGAACAGGACCUUGGAGUUCUCUGCCGAAGUUGUGAAGAGUCUUCCCGCAUUGACUGGCUACCUCAGGGUAUCCCUGCCCAACCCGAAGAAGGUAUUCACCCAGAUAUUCGACAUCACCUUCGACGUGUGCAAGGCUAUUCGGGAUCGCAAUCGGAGACUGCUGAUUGAUUUUUUGGUUCGAACCUUGGCCCGAAACAGCAAUGUUGUCAUGCGCUGCCCCUUCCCAAAGGGUAACUACUACUCGAAGAACAUAUCGGUGAACGACCUCCCGCCCAUGUUAACCGAGAACGAUUUCAUGGCAAACUUUGACCUCUUCAUACCCAAAGUGGCCGUCUUGUUGAAUGUGACUCUGCAGGGGCACCUCUUUGACACUGCCAAGGAGAAUGCCAGAAAAAAGAAAUAUCUUUAA